ACAGUACUGCAUUCAUGCGUGGGGUGGUGGUAUAUAGACUUUUCUCAAAGUAUAAAACUACCAGACGGAGGCGUUGUGUGACACAAACAAAGGGAGGAAGAUGCACUAUUACAGAUAUGAAAACGCAGAGGUCAGCUGUUGCUAUAAAUAUCUUAUGUUCAGCUACAACAUCAUCUUUUGGCUGGCUGGAACAGCAUUUAUUGCAAUUGGCUUCUGGGCCUGGAGUGAAAAGGGUGUGUUGUCAGAUCUGACGCAAGUAACAAGUCUACAUGGUUUUGACCCUGUCUGGGGGGUUUUAGUUGUGGGCGCAGUCACUUUUAUUUUGGGCUUUGCAGGGUGUGUUGGAGCACUUAGGGAGAACAUAUGCCUCCUUAAAUUUUUCUCUGGAGUCAUUGGGUUUAUCUUCUUCCUGGAGCUGGCAGCAGCAGUGCUGGCUUUUGUUUUCCAGGGACAAGUCAGGGAAUGGAUGAAUGAUUUCUUCUUGGCCAAUGUGAAGGCUUAUAGGGAAGACAUUGAUCUGCAAAACCUGAUCGACUCAAUUCAGAGAUUUAAUUAUUGUUGUGGAGCGAAAGAGCCCAACGACUGGAAUCUUAAUGAAUAUUUUAACUGCUCAAAUGAAAACCUCAGCAGAGAGAGAUGUGGAGUGCCAUUUUCCUGUUGUGUCAGUGAUCCUGCUGCUAACGUGGUGAAUACUCAGUGUGGGUAUGAUGUUAGAAAAUCUGGCUCAGCGUCCCAGUGGAGCAACACCAUUUAUACCAAAGGAUGCAUCACAGCUUUAGAGCAGUGGCUUCCAAGGAAUCUGUACAUUGUGGCAGGAGUCUUCAUAGUCAUAUCACUUUUACAGAUGGUGGGAAUCUUCUUGGCAAGGACGCUGAUCGGAGACAUUGAAAAGGUCAAAUUUAAUUAUUAGAGGUCACGUGACUGUGAAAGAUGCAGGUCUCAUUCCUCUGCAUCUCCUUUGUGGUAAUCCUGAAUUUGUGGAGAAAAGGACUCCAUUCUCUGGACCACGUCUUUAACAUUUCUGAAGACCAUAUAAUGAAUCCACAGUGGCCUAGUUUGUUUGAAUUCAGAUACACGUGUGCCUUGUAUCUUCUGCAAGUUUACCUCCAGAUUUACUUUUUCGUUGUUGAUGAAAGCACGUUUUGGAUCCUUUUAUAGGACAACUAUAACCCAACCCUUCUAAAACCACAUUAAAACCAAGCAUUAUACAUAUACUGCUGACAAGAUGAGAUCUCACUUCAGUAGAUACAGUCAAUAGAUGUAAUCACUUACAAAAAUGCAUCUGUAAGAUCACUGCAGUAAACUAAAGUGAAUACAUCUCCUUUUUCCUAACAGAUUGUGUUUAUAUUAAUACAGGUAUCAUUAAAUAUAUAGUGUCUGCUAGACCUUACUUAUGCAAACAGAGAAUGCCUUUGGGUAGAUAUCAAACAUCAGGUAGUAUAAGUCCAUCUAACAGAUUACAGAUUUUAUUCUAAGCAACUAGAAUGAUGGUGUUCAUUUUUUGGUAAAGCAUUUUGAAUGAAUAAUUUUACCUUUAACAUCUGAACUUGGGCAUGUUGGAACUGCGAAGACCUUUAGGAAUAACGUGAUAUUGUGCCGUUGAGAUGCCAACUCCCGUUUUUUCUAUUUUUAUACAUAAAUGCAGGUUGUGCCUUUUCUCUGACUUUAAAGAUUUCUGAAAAUGUUUUCGAAACCAAUGUUGAUGAAACCAAGUUUUCACCAGUUGUUCUUUUUAAGUUAAUCUUGAUUAUCAAAUUGCAACCCUUACUGCCAAUGCAACUCAAACUCUUAUUAACAACACAUUACUUUAACAUAAUCCUCAUCAGUGGAUCAUGGGUGAUGUGACACAAUAUGCAUUCUUACCAAAAUAUGCACAACUGCCUAUCACCACCUGAACAGCAAGUUUCACUGUUCUCUAACCCAAAGACUUGUAAUCUCUGCAUCUAGCUGUUCUUUUUACAGUUUUGUAGUAAUAACUUUUUAUAAUGAUUUAUUAAAUAAUCAUCCAUUCAAAAAUGAAAAUAUAAGAGUUAGUUACUCUUCUCAAUUCAGAAUGCACUAUUUUCUCCCAGAUUUCUUUUUUUUUUUGGUGUCUGUCUGUGUCAGUGUAAUGUAAAGAUGCUUGAUAGUAUAUUUACUAAUGCAGUAAAGUCUUUUUGUUACCUUAAAAACCUUAUUUUCAUGAAGCGAUGUUUUUGUGUGUAGGUGCUGUUUGAUGUUGAAGUCAUUUGUUGUGUGUUAACUUUGUAAAUAUUUUCAUAAUUCCUUCCAUUACUUUUAUAUUCAAUAAAAAUGAGUUUAAGGUUAGUUUUAACCUCA